CGAGAGCGGCGCGCGCCUCGGGCGGCCGGCGGCUGUGCUGAGGGCUCGGCGUCCGCGCUGCCGGGCUCUGUGGCCGCGAUGUCGGCGGCAGACGUGGAGUCCUCGCUGGAGCUGAGCCUGACGGGCUCCGGGGCGCUCCCCGGCGCGCUGCCCCCCGCCCGCUCGCGCAUCUUCAAGAUCAUCGUCAUCGGGGACUCGAACGUGGGCAAGACGUGCCUCACCUACCGCUUUUGCGCCGGCCGCUUCCCGCAGCGCACCGAGGCCACCAUCGGCGUGGAUUUCCGCGAGCGGGCCGUGGCCAUCGACGGCGAGCGCAUCAAGAUACAGCUAUGGGAUACUGCAGGCCAGGAGCGCUUCAGGAAGAGCAUGGUGCAGCAUUACUACAGGAAUGUACAUGCUGUGGUGUUUGUGUAUGAUAUGACAAACAUUGCCAGUUUCCACAGCCUGCCAUCUUGGAUAGAGGAAUGCAAACAGCACCUUCUUGCCAACGAUAUACCACGGAUUCUGGUUGGAAAUAAAUGUGACCUGAGAAGUGCAAUUCAAGUGCCCACGGACCUGGCCCAGAAGUUUGCUGACACUCACAGCAUGCCAUUGUUUGAAACCUCUGCCAAAAACCCCAAUGACAAUGACCAUGUGGAGGCCAUAUUCAUGACACUGGCUCACAAGCUUAAAAGUCACAAGCCACUAAUGCUUAGUCAACCCCCAGAUCAUGAUGAAAUACAUAUAAAGCCUGAACCAAAACCUACCACAUCCUGCUGGUGUUAGGUCACACUUUCACUGGCUAUCACCUUGUCUUGUUUGCAAGUGCUUCAAAAUUAUGAUCUUGGCAAAGUUCUGGGUUUUGGUAGCAAUUACAGCAAAUCUCUUAGGCACUUUAAUGUGGGGUUUUGUUUUUAGUUUUCCUGGUGUAGAUGUGCACAUUUCAUGCUCUUGCACUUUGUAACUGUACUUUCUGAAUUACUAAAGUUUCWCUAUUAAUAUAUGGGAAUAUAUUAACUUUCAAGUGAAGUUUUGACAAAGCAACUCUACAUGAGCUCUUGCUGCCUGAGGUUGUUCUCAUUACUUGUGGUAAGAUUAUAAAUAGUAGGUCAGUUUACUAGUAUUUUUGGUUGCUGCUUGCAUUGGAAUAGUGUAGGAGAAUGAGCCUUUUGUGACAACCAGGGAACUUGGGUUUUGGGUCAGCAAGUGGGGAGAUUUUUGGCAUAUUAAGGAAUAUUAGGUGACUGCUAGCAAAUUAGUAAGCAGUUACCUUUCUAUUAUAAAAACAAAAACAGGUCUGUCCAAGUUUGGGCUGUCAGUGUCAGUACAAACUGCUAGGUUUUGGCCUGUUCCACUAUAAACUCAGUCUGUUUCUUCAUGGCAGUGGUAAGAGAAUUGACAAAUUUCUCYCCUGCCUCUAGACACUUGAUACUUAAAACUUUAUUUAUUUUUCAUAAUUAGUAUGUGAUACUAAACUAUGUGUUCCAUGUUAUAGAAUUUACUGUAGCACAGUAUUUGGGGUAAAAUUGGGACCCUGUCUGUCCACARGUUCUCUGAUCUUACUAAACUUUAAAUGAGGAUGUCUUUCUAAAGGUGCUUUGAUGUAUUUGAGUGUCUCAGGGUAAGUGAAAACAGUUAAGUAAGUAAAAGAUWGGGUGAAUUUGCCAGAAGCAUACUGGUUUCAAAGAUAAGGGGUUUGCAGGUCUUUAGAGAUCAUGAGUGCUUCUCAAAUACCUUGAAAAGCCAACUUGAUAAYAUAUUUCAGGAAUGGGAAUGCUUAAGAAUAUGGUACAUUCUUAAAGUAUUUCCAAACRCAAACUAAAUUGGGUCUUGAAAUAYGGARUAAAUCGACCAAGUAUGUGAUCUGYUACCRAUUUUUGAGAUAAAACCUGCUUGUGUAAUGUAACUGUGUGUGGGACAUCCUUGGCAUUACUAAUGUGAGCUAGUAGGGAUCAGAUGAGGGAAAUUCUUCCUCUACAACAUCUUUUUCUGUUUUGUCAUAAUUGAAACUGCUUUUUUUAGUUCUGUCUGAAGAUGAAGUUUCAUAAUAAGGUCAAGUUUCAUAAUAAAUAUGGUGCUAAGUUGCACAUAGUUGCAUAAAGUGAAAUGUAAGCCACAGAAUGCAAUCUAUGGCUUCAUUCAUGUGGCAGUUCAAACAGUUUUGUGACUUAGUUUUUGAAGGAACUGAAGUCUAAAUGAAGAUUUUUUUUAUUGGCAAUGUGUGCCAUAUGUUGCUUACUGGAAACUAAAUGGAAGGGCAAGUUCAGAAGCUGCCACCCUAAUGAUCAYGUUAGAAACAAAUUACUGAAAGAAGAUAAUUAUUAUGUGAACUAUUACAAAUCUUGGGAUGUAAUUUCAUUGCAACUUAUACUGAGCAAAAUGUGUUGACUUUUUUCUAGAUUCAGAGCAUUAAAUUUGGUCAAUUAUGAUUAAGAUGUUUAUAAAGAAUCKAAACAAAAGGUAAUACUUUUUCCUGUAUAAAGCUGCUUUAAUUGUGACAGUAUUUUUGCUUAGGAAACAUUUGUAAAAGGGAGCUUUUGUAUUCACUGUGAAUCUUACAUGACUAGAAUUUACAGUUGUUUCAGAAACAAUCACCUUUUUAACACUAGUGUCCUUACUGAUUUUUUUAAGAAAAAGAUUGAUCUUAAAUUUAUGUUUAUACUAUUGUAAAUAAAUAUGGUUUACAGUCCUKUUGGACAGAUUGUUUUUCACUCAUGUCCUUAAUCCUUUUUCUGAAAAGGAUCCAUCUUAAUUAUUUGUAUACUAMGUAUGUCAGCAAGUAUUCUUUUUGUUGUCCUUUUUUUCUUCCUUUUUUAAUAAAAAAUAUCCCAGAACUAAGAAUUUUGMAGUCAGUCAGUCAGGUUGGGAAUUGAGGUAAGAAAAAAAUGUAGCUGUAGUAUUACUGCUAAAUUUGAUCUGAAACAUCUGCACAUCUGUUAAGCUUUAUUUGAGUUAUCACAACCUGUAAAUAAGGGCCUUCAUGUCAUGAAAAUUGUGUGGAAAUGGUGUUCAAGUGUGUAGUUCCAUGUUCGGCACAAAGCAUGUUUUAAUGGUUCUGCCAUGAAGGCAGUGUGGUCAGUAAUGCAGGAUUCAGUGUUGCUUCCUGGCUUUCAGUGGUGAUAUUCUGCCCACAGAAUGGAUGUCACAGUACUGAAUACUUCAUAUGUGUAUUUUCAUUUUACCAGACUGUAAAGYUGGGUUCUUUUCUAUGUCUUGGGGGCAGGCAAGGCACAAUCCCAGAAACCUAAUAAACUGGCUUUGCCACAAACUAU